AUAAAAUAUCAUUCCUUCUAACUAGUUUUUGAAUUAUUACUUUAUUUCACUUGAAUAGUACAUCAUUUCAGAAGUACAUCCUUAAGCUGCAAUUUUGACAAACUAUGGAUCAAACCGACCAAAUAAUUGAAAAGAUGCCUGAUGAUGGUGGAGAAUAUCAACGACUUUUGCAGUUGUCAAAUCAAAAUAUAGUAUUAAAUACUGCGUCAACCGAGUGCAACCUUUGCGAUAAGAUGACCAUUUCGGCGGAAGGAAUUAUUCUGAUUAAUUGCUUACAUACGUUUUGUAAAGCAUGUUUGCGCAACUCUCUACUUCAGGUUGCAACGGUAAUUUGUCCAUAUCCUAGGGGACGCCACGAAUGCGAAGGAGUGCUGAUGGAUAGUGAAAUAGAGCGCUUGCUGAGUCCGCAUGAGUACAAUGAUUUCCACAAACGUGUAUUCGAGGCAAUUGAACAAAAUGAUACAGAUAAAUCGGCGAACCAGAUGGUUCCUCUUGAUCUAGAUCUACUCGUAGCUUUAACGGAUGCCUCAAUCGUUCCCAACUCAGAGAAAUUUGAUUGUCCAAUAUGUUUUGAAACAUUCGCUGAAUAUGAAGGGGUUACGCUACGGGAGUGCUUUCAUUCCUUCUGUAGAGAAUGUCUAUCGAACUCGAUAAAAUUUGCGGAGGAUGUCUCAGUACACUGUCCAUUCCGUGAUAAUGAGACCACGUGUGAACAGUUGAUUGAAGACCGUGAAAUAAAAUCUCUGUUAAACGAUGACGAUUACAGCACCUAUGUGGGUCGUUCGUUGGCGAAAGUUGAGACUAUGGCUGAAGAUGCAUUCCACUGUAGAACACCAAAUUGCAACGGGUGGUGUUUGGUCGAAGCCACAGUUGAAACGUUCCAAUGUCCUGUUUGUUAUGCCGAUAAUUGUGUGCGCUGUGAGGCUAUUCAUCCAGACAUGGACUGCGAAGAAUACAAGGACAGAAUGAGUGGAAACUACGAGAGUCGAAGAUCGGAGCGAGUUAUACAGAAUUUAGUGUCCAACGGCGAAGCAAUGCAUUGCCCCAGCUGUAAUAUUACAAUUACGAAGAAUGGAGGUUGUCACAAUAUGACGUGCAGUAUGUGCAGGAACGCAUUCCAAUGGACAGCACGAAACUAGAGGAACAUAGACCUGCAGUACGUCUUCUUCCCCAUAAGGUGCGUUUGAUCAUAUUGAAUUUCAGAAUUGCUACUCGAAUUCCCAUUUUAAAUAAUGCAAAUAUGGAACAUAAACUGUAUAUUUCAUACUAUGCAAGAUCCACAAGAUAACACAUGUUGAAUUGAAAAAAAAAUAAAACCUAAACUUACACAAUAAAUGCCGCAAUGAUUUAAUAUGUUAUUCUCUUUGACAUAUUUGCACCAACAUGAAAUAUGCAUGCAAUAGAAUCAAGAAAAUCGAAGACAUUUAAAACUGACACAACUAUAAAACAGUAAUUCUGUUAAAUUCGAAGUAAAGACAAACCCAGUAAGUAUGUUUAGUAGUGAUUUGAUUGUUUGUAAUCAUCUGUUUCCCGGAGAACAAAAAACAAAUGCACAUAAGCUACG